UGCGCUGAGAGAGUAGUAGUAUAACAGUGCAAGGGAGUAUCUGUGGUUGUUGUUGUGGACCUCCUUACAGCGCCCAGGCUUUAACCAUGCUGGACUGCAGUGAUUACGUUGUAGAUUCAAGAAUGAGCAAUUCGACAGAAGCUAGUAAACCUUCAGUGGAGAAUGGGGAUGGGAACACAGGUGCGCAGACAAAUGGUCUGGAUUUUCCGAAACAGCCUGUGCCAGCAGGGGCACCAAUCAGCGCAGCCCAGGCUCAAGCAUUUUUAGGGCAGCUCCACCAGUCUAAGACCGCUGAAGAAUCCGGUGAUACCCACCCAGCAAGUCAGCCUUCCCAGCAGCCUCCAGUGCAGGCAGCUAUCCCGCAGACGCAGCUCAUGCUUGCAGGUGGACAGAUUAUGGGGCUGACUUUGACACCAGCACAGCAGCAGCUGCUGCUACAGCAAGCACAAGCUCAACUGCUUGCAGCUGCUGUGCAGCACUCCGCCACUCAACAUAAUGCUGCUGGAGCUACCAUUUCUGCCUCAGCAGCAACACCAGUGACACAGAUUCCCUUGUCACAGCCCAUCCAAAUUGCACAGGACCUUCAGCAGCUUCAGCAUCUCCAUCAGCAAAAUUUGAACCUGCAACAGUUUGUAUUGGUGCAGCCAGGACACCCAAUCGCAACCAGUCUGCAACCUGCCCAGUUCAUCAUCUCACAGACACCACAGGGGCAGCAGGGUCUUCUUCAAGCGCAGAACCUUAUAACGCAACUACCUCAGCAAAGCCAUGCUAGCCUCCUGCAUUCUCAGCCAAGUAUUACCCUCACCACACAGGCAGCAACCCCAACACGCACAAUAGCAGCAACUCCUAUUCAGCCACUUCCACAGAGCCAGUCAACACCAAAGCGAGUUGACACCCCCAGCUUAGAGGAACCCAGUGACCUUGAGGAGCUAGAGCAGUUUGCCAAAACAUUUAAACAGCGAAGAAUCAAACUUGGAUUCACUCAGGGUGAUGUUGGGCAAGCCAUGGGAAAACUUUACGGAAAUGACUUUAGCCAAACUACUAUUUCCCGUUUUGAAGCCUUGAAUCUUAGCUUUAAGAACAUGUGCAAAUUAAAACCACUGCUUGAAAAAUGGCUCAAUGAUGCAGAGAAUUUAACUGUAGAUACGACACUAACAUGUCCAAACUCCAUGAACUCCCCAGGACUGGGAUUGGAGGGUCUCAGUCGUAGGAGGAAGAAACGAACCAGCAUUGAGACAAACAUACGAGUGGCCUUAGAAAAGAGUUUCUUGGAGAACCCAAAACCUACAUCAGAUGAGAUCACUAUGAUUGCUGAUCAACUGAACAUGGAAAAGGAGGUGAUCCGUGUUUGGUUCUGUAAUCGACGCCAGAAGGAGAAAAGGAUCAAUCCACCAAGUAGUACCAUCAGCAGUACACCUAUCAAAGCAAUUUUUCCAUCCUCAACUACACUGGUGGCUACCAAUCCUGGCCUUGUGACAAGUAGUGCAGCUACUACAUUGACAGUAAAUCCAGUGCUCCCACUAACGAGUUCUGCUGUAACAAGCCUCAAUACAACAGGUUCAACUGUUUCAGGAACAACCUCCACAAACACAGCAACUGUAAUAGCUACAGCGCCGGCAGCUACUUCAACAGUGACAUCACCAUCCAUAAGCCCUUCACCUUCUGCUGCAGCUUCUACCACAGAGGCCUCUACUGCAAGUGAAACAAGUACCACGCAGAGCACCACAGCUGGAGUUACUUCCCCAGUGGCAACAAGCCAGUUGAUGGUGACAGCUUCAGGACUGCAGGCUGCUGCGGCACUUCAGGGAGCUGCACUUCCUGCAAACGCAGGCCUUGCUGCUAUGGCUGCUGCAGCAGGGCUGGGUCCAGGUCUGAUUUCACCCUCACAGUUUGCAGCUGGAGGUGCCUUAUUUAGUCUGAAUCCAGGGACACUAAGCAGUGCGCUCAGCCCUGCUGCUCUGAUGAGCAACAGCACACUGGCAACUAUACAAGCGCUUUCUAGUGGGACUCUUCCAAUAACAUCCCUGGAUGCAAGUGGAAAUCUUAUAUUUGCCAAUGCUAAUGCUGGAGGAACUCCUAAUAUUGUAACUGCUCCACUCUUUCUUAACCCUCAGAACCUUUCGCUGCUCACCAGCAAUCCUGUCAGUUUGAUAUCUGCAGCAGCUGCCUCAGCUGGAGCCUCUGGACAGACAGCCAAUCUGCACAUAACCUCUUCAAAUGCAGACACUAUUCAAAAUGCUCUCCUUACUGUAGCAUCUGCCAGUGGAUCUGCUUCUACCACCACUACUGCCUCCAAGGCCCAGUAAAUUGCAGACUCUACUGGAUCAGCAGAUUUUGAACUUUGUGGUGAAUUAGCUGCUUCCAUUGGAAAAGGAAAGAUGAGACUUUUGCCUAAUUUUAUAAUUCAUAGUUCUCUUUCAGGAUUGCUUCAUUAAUCGGAGACAUUUCUAACCAAAAAUACUAUUUAUCAGUAGAAGUAACAGUUUAAGGUUUGCUAGCAAAAAUUAGGAAGGGUUUCCUGUUUUCAUUUUACCUUUCUAGUUUUUUUAACAUUUGUUUUAAUAGGUCUGUUGUACAGGCCUUUUGUUUAAUACAAGGUGUUUAUAUCAUGUGUAAUAUAGCUUUGGGCUUUUUUCUUGACAGGUGCAGUUUAGGCAGGCCUGUACUACUUGUGUAACUUUUAUAGCUGGUUUGGUUAUGUUUGGGGCUCUGGUUCUUAGAGGAAUUAGUUUUGUCUGUCUUUUUUUAUUUUCUGGGAACACUGAUUUAUGCAGCAUUUGUACAAUACAGAUUGUGCUUGUAUUUUUGUUUUAUAUGGGAGGGGAAUUGAUAACCAAAGGUGAUAGAGGUUUGAAGUUUGAAACUUAAGGAGUGUGCAAAGACCAGAGAGAAAAAGGUAGUUGAGUGCAAUUUGAAAAGCUGCUUCUCUCUUUGUGAACUGAAAAAAAAUUGGCCAGUGGUGGAUGAAAAGAUAAAUACUGGCCUACGAGUUUAGAAAUCAUUGAAAUUGGUAGGUAUGCAUUUUUUUCUAUCCUGUUCAUGUAAACUUUGAAGCAGUCAUUUCAGCAGCCACUGUAGACAUGGGUGUCAGAUGUUCUGUGGUCCUUUUUUGUUUCAUAUGUGGGAGUGCGACUGUGUGUGUGUAUAGGGGCUGUGACUGGCUGAUCAGGUGAAAUCCUUACAUAUGUUUGCUUUAUGGUGAGCUAUCUUUAGAAAUGCUACCCCCACCAAACCCUUGAUUACAUACAUUUGCAUCUACCUUCCUACAAGGCUGCCAGAUAUAAAGUUGUUGUUUGGGUAAAUGAGCAAAUGCGACACUUAGAACUACAGUUUGUUGAAAUGAGCAAAGCCUUCUUCCACAGUCAUUGUAAAAGAUUUGGGAACUAGGUUUUUACCUUUUACAGCCUUGGUCCUUAAGUUUAAUUAGUUACUUGAAAUGUCUGUACCUAGUAUGUAACCAGAAUAUUUUUCUUUGAGAAUAUUGGAAGUUCCCCUAUUCUUUAGUAGGCAAUAUCUCUUAAGGGUGCUCAUAGAAAAAAAUAAGUUGUUAGCACAGCUUCAUAAUUUGAUAUUUUGGGGAUAGUUGGUUAAAAAAAUUCAUUUUAAUAAAACUUUAGUCCCAUUUGAACAUUUUUCUCUUCCGUUUUUUCAGUUAACCCAUAAGCUAGUCUUCCCUGAAUGAUUAUAGCUGAAUUAUUUUUAGUUGUAUUCAUAAAGGACCAUCUGUAAACUACCCUCACCCAAGCAACAUCAUGGUUUGCCAUAGCAUACAUACAUGUACAACCUUUAAAAUUUGCUGGCAAUGAGCUUACCCACAAAUGUAUUGGAUCUCUGUCCCAUGCAGAAUGGCUUGUAUUCCAUUGUAUUAUUUUGUGGCAGAAAUGCCUCCUUUGCAAUUACAGUUGAUCAAGUAGCCUGUAGACUAAUCCCAAGUUGCAGCCGUAGGAUGGUGACAUUCCAUUGUUACUCUUCCAAAACAAGUACAUGGCUGGCACUGUGAAGCAUGAAUGCUUUUGAAUAUCUAAUUCUGAAAUAGCACAGAUUUGUGUGCUGUGUGAAUCUAGUGUUAACUGAACUGAAGGAAGGAGCACGCUAGUUUGUCCCAUUGUGUUUUUUCUGUUAUACUAGUGAAUAGAUCAUGCUUUGAACAGGUAGUUAAAAUAGGCAUGAAUUUGAGGUGGAAUUCUGAACUGGAUUAUGAUGCUCCUAUUGUUAUAUUAAUAUGCUUUUGACAUUUUAUUGAAAGAUCAGAAUCUGAAUUUCAUCUCUCGUGCUGUUUGCCAAGUUGCAUAGAUUGAUUGUCAGAGUGAGUCAAGUAAAUGUGCAUGACUGCAAAAUUUCAGUUCCCCUUUAAAGCAGGAAGUAGAAAGAGCAUGCAUUCAGCUAAUUUGCGUUUCUGGCUUGAUGUUAUCAUCUAGAGGAGUGUGGUAGGUUAACUUUUUUUUUUAAUCGUAAUUGUACUCUUAUUUUGCAGGCAUAUUUGAGUUUAACUUGAUUACUGAAUAUUCAAUGCUUUAAUAAGAGUAGCAGUACAGUAAGUGUGUAUUUUUUUGUUUUGCUUUGUUUUUGUGCAGUUGGUGUCAUAAGUUUAGGUUAGUUAACACAUUUUUACUGGUUCAUUUACUGAGAAUGGUUAAGGUUCCCCCCUCAUUUUACCCCCCUCACCCAAGUAAGUUUGAAAAUAAUUUAACUAUUAGCAAAAGAAAUAAGCAUCAUUUGGUUUAACUGUUAUCAGGGACCAUUCUGUUCUUACCCUUGAAUUUUUCAUAUGGUUAGAACAUGUAUCAUAAAAUUUAUGACGACGUCAUAAUGUCUGCAGUAAGCGACUGCAGUAUCACAAGUUAAGAGAGUAAGACAUCAAGUUCAUCAUUAUAAUUGAGGGUUGGUAAAAUAAUGAUAUUAAUAUAGAUGUCCACAUUGCUAAAGCCAUAACAUUAAAACUAGAUUGGUUCUCUCACUAGUUAGCCAUGACAUGGAUGAUCAUGAUUUCAGAAUUUGGGUUCUUUAACCCCCACUACAUCCUCAUAAAUGCAUAAACAAUUUUGCUGAAGUUAUUUAGUAAGUAAUAACCUAUUGGCAUUAGUUGGGGGGGGGGGGGUAAUGUACCAAACCACCUAUGCACUCCCUUACCUAGUAUAACAUUCUCAGAAGCGUGAAGUUUGAAAUUUUUCUGAAAUGAUCCAUCCAUGAAUUGUGACUCAAUGUAAUGUGUGCAUAUCCGUAGUGGCACACUAUUCUCUACAGAUUGCUGCUGCUGUUCUUGUCAGAUGAUGUAUAGGAGACAUUCCCAGGCUUUUUAGAACCAUGCCUGAAUUUCAGCAGUACUGAUAUUUCAGCUAAAGGCAGGCAUGUUAGCUUCACUACCACAGUGUGUAACUGUUUUGCCACAGGUAGUACUCUGCAGAUGUUUAUUUUAAUUUAUACAUUUAACUAAGUAAGCCCAUUAGGCACUAGAGGUUUCAGGGGCAGCCUGACAGCACUGUCUAGUUAAAUGUUAAUGAUCUGCCGUAAUCUGACCUUUUGGUCUGGCAGGCGCUAAGAUUUAAACUUAGAAUCCUGCAGUGAGAUGUUGACAGAUGUGAAGAUAUUGUCAGAACUGGAACUGGUAGGGGCACUUAACCUCACCUCAUUCCUCAGUGCCGUGAGUCUUCUUGUUGAAUUUUGAUAGAAAGUUAGUGUAGUCUUCCAUGGCAGAUCCAUGUCUUUGCUCAUUUAAAGGUAGGAUGGCUAAGGUUCCUAAUAACAUUAACAUGAAAAAUGGACACAUUUCAUUUUAUUCAGCCUUCAAAAUUGGUUUCAUAAGUUGUACAAUUUUGUCUUAACUUGUACUUAAACAUGUUGAAGUAAGUUUAUUGGUCUUUGGACUUAUUGCCCUUUGAUCUACAUAGGUGCUUGUCAUUCACCAGUAGUCCUGUGUUUUGUUUCCCAGCCCAUUCUUGUUUUGUUCUUGGGUCCAAGGCAGUUUGUAAUGACAAAGCAUUGUCUGUCAGUUUUGUGCCCUUUAGGAAAAAGGAGGAUUGCAAUCUCAUGCCUUCUGUUUUAGAAAUUGUUCUUGUAACUUGUUUAGAAAUCUGAGUGAUCAGCUACAUUGCCCACAUGACCAGAUAACAAACCUUGCUUAGAAAAGACUAGUACACUAAUAUGGAUUUAUUGAAUGGCCUUAAUACUAUCUUGCCAUGCUGUGUAGGCUGUUUAGUUGUUAACAUGACCUGUACUGUUUGAUGAUGUGAAUAUACAGACUAUGAGCUUGUUUUGAAGGGACUGAAUGUGAGGGUACAUGGUGUCUUGGUUUUUGAGGUUCUCAGUCCUACUUGGGAUGUUAUUGUUCAUCCAUAGUAAACACAUUAACUAUUAGGGAUUUGCCAGUAUACAGAUGUACUUCAAAGCAUCCAAUAAGUUAAGAGCCACAAAGUAUUUUCCACACUAUUACUAGUUGCAUUCUUCAACAGUAUUCUAAUGAAAAGCUUCAUAAGCUUUUAUUAAAGCCAUGACUCAAAUAAAUUGAUGCUACACUAUGGUGACGUCACCUUCGUGGUAACGUGAAAUGCAUCCAUAGACUUUAAUGGACACACUGAUGCAGCCAUUAAAGUUUAUGAAUGCAUCUCAUGCUUAUCCUGUGCUGAUGUCACGGAGGUUAAAGUUCCUUGUUUUCAUCAGCAUACAGAAAAUAUUUUUCAAAAGUGUUAUUUUUAUACUGAAAAAAAAAUGUCAAUAUUAGCAGUUUGUGCACCAUAUGUGGUGCACAGGUGAAAUUUUCACUGGCAGAUCUCUUUAAAAUUAACUAAGAAAGAAGAUGCAUCUUUUCUCACUUAUACAGAAAAAAAAAACAUAGUCUCCUCCAGACCACCAGAGAUGCAGCAAUAAUAUUCCAGAUGCCAUUACCUGUUUUUUUUAACAAGGAUAAUGCAGUAAUGAUCCAUUUCAAGUCAUUGCCCUGAGCAUAUAAAGCCAAAAAUGCAGUCAGUACAGACUAUACAUCAGAGAGUGCAUCUAAGAAUUUAUGCAGUACCAUUUUAUUUAUAGUUCAUUAGGUUCAUAGGUAGGUACUAGGCUAUCUGCCCGAGGGCAUUUAUAAGCCCUAGCCAGUGUGUCAGCUUUCUCCAUCCCAUUGAUUAAUUAACUGAGCCUCUGUCAAGAAGAGCCAAUGAAGUGAUCCCAGGGGUGUAUUUUCUG